AUGCAAACGAGGGUUGCGCGUGAGCACGUGCUGGCCAGCGAUGGGCUGUGGGACAAGGUCAGCCCCCAGGAGGCGGCCGCGUUUGCCGCCAACGCCUGGACCCGCUUCGCCCAGGACCCCAACGCCGGCAGUGGCGAGCUCUCGGCCACUGCCUCCGGCGCCAGCGACAGCGACGCAGCCAGCCCCCCGCCGUCGCCGCGUGCCGCUGCUCGCGCGGCCGCCGCAACCCCCGAUGCGCGCCGCGAGCGGCUGCUGGUGCGCGAGGGCUCCCGCAGUUCUCUGGCCGGGCCCCAGCCGUCCGUCGGCCGCACCUGCCGCGCGUGCAAGGCCGCGCGCGUUGCGGCGGCGGCGAUGACGCGCUGCGCACGUGGCCGGCGCAGCCGCGAUGACACGACUGUGCUUGUGGUCAACCUGCAGCAGGCCUGCAGGUGCCCCGUCAGCUGGGCCAUGGUGUCGGCGGGCGAAACGUCCUCACAGAUGAGCACGCCCAAGGGCAGCCUCGCCGCCGCCUCCGCCUCUGUGCUCGCGUCGGCCGCCCCGUCCCCACCGCGCGGCGGAAGCGGUGGCGGAGGUGGAGGCGGCGGCGGCGGGAGCAGCAGCCUGCGCGAGGCCCUGGCGAGCCUGCCGCCCGGCGCGCGGAUGCCAUCUGUGCAGGAGCGCGAGGGCGACGCGGAGCCGACCUCUGAGUUUGACGACGAGGGGCAGGAGGACGGGGAGGGGGAGAGCGACUUUGUUUCGGCGCGCGAGUCAGAGGGCGGCGACGAGGAGGACGACCUGCACGGGCUGCCCUCGGCGCAGCCGGGGCGCUGGCACCACCAACACCAUCCGCAUCAACAGCGGCAGCUGGGCCACGCGGGGCAGUGUGGGGGCGUACUCGCUGCCCAGGACCAGCUGAGCGAGGCGGAGGGCGGCUCUGGGUCCAUGGCGUCGCCCUUUGCGGUGGCGGGGCCCCCGCACGACGGCGCCACGCCCGGCAGCACGACACCCGUGGCGGGCACACCUCCGCGCUGCACAACGCCCGAUCUGGGGGCGUUUGGCGCGCCCGGCGCGGCCGUGCCGCCGUCGCCUGACUUAGGGGCUUUUGGGGCGGUCAGGGCAACAACGGGCCGGCCGCCGCCGCCAGAUCUGGGGGCGUUCGGCGCGUGUGCGCCGCUGCGGUCGCGGUCGCGCUCGCCCUCUCCGGACCUGGGGGCGUUUGGGGCCCGCGCAGCGCAGCCAUUUGCAUCACCCUACGAAGCAUCCCCCUACGCUGCAGUGGGCGCCACGUCGUUCGGCGCCAUGUCGUCCGCGGGUGCCCCCUCCAUCGGUGCUGACGGGUCCUCGGUCAGCGCGCCGGCACCGGGGCCGCCCUUCGCGUCGGCGCACGCCCCGUUUUUCGAGGGGCCGUUGGGCGUGGGGCCGCGCGACUGGCACGGCCUCGCCUGCGGGGGCAGCCAGAGCGCAGGCCCCGGCAGCACGGCGGCGCUGGAGCACCUGGCCCAUCAGUGCGUCUCGGUGUCGCUGGCUGCCGUCGGGGAGGGCGAGGGCGGCGGCGAGGAGGACACCGGCGCCAGCAGCAGCGGCGAUGACGCGGCCGCGGCCACGGGCGCGGCCCUGCGCGCCGCACGGCCCAAGUCGCACCCGCUGAGCGGGCUGUCAUCGCUGGAGGCCGUCACAAGCGCCGCCGGCACUGACGUGGCGGUCUCCACUGGCAGCGGCGAGCACAGGUGGUGA